CUCAUCAUCUUCAUCUUUGUCAUCCUCAUCCUCGUCGUCCUCGUCAUCCUCAUCCUCCUCUUCCUCGUUGUCCUCGUCUUCGUCCUCGUUUCCGCCCUUCUUCAUCCUCCUCUUCGUCUUCUCCCUGUAUCUUCCUCGUCAUCGUCCUCAUCCUCAUCCUCAUCCUCAUCCUCAUCAUCCUCAUCAUCCUCAUCUUCAUCCCCUUCUCCGUCCCUGCGGCCUUCGUCGUCCUCUUCGUCCUCUGGCUUCUCGUUGUUUUCUUCAUCCUCAUCCUCGUCUCCGUUAUCUUCAUCUUCAUCCCCAUCAUCUUCACCUUCGUCAUCUUCAUCCCCAUCAUCUUCAUCAUCUUCAUCC